AUGGCACCUCCAACACCAAUCCUAAACCAGUUUAUUAACAGCGUGUCCGAGCUGAUUCUGAAACACGAUGGUUCGAAGCUACAGGAUUUCCUUCAAAUCGAGCCUCCACUGUCAGACAUCUACCAACGCAUGAUCGAGGAACUGCGCCAACGAUACCCACCCGGACCCCAGAGCGAUACCGAGCUGCAGCAACGAUGUGAGAUCUUGGUUCCACGAACCAAGGGGAGCUCUUCCUGGUCUGCAUUUCCAACAUUUAUGAGGCUGUACUUUUCUUUCCUGCGUGAUGUCAAUGUGGAAAACCUACUCGAAACGUACAAUCUCCUAAGGGCCCUGCUCAAUCAAUGCGUUCUUGCCCUCGGAGAUAGCCAAAAUGGAGUCAUUGUCCUCCCCACCGUUCUCUACCUCUCGAAAGUUUUGGCGAAAUUGGCUAUGGGGCUGGACCGCCAACCAGAGCUCAUCGCGCAUAUCUUGCGCAUGGAAGGCGGCUCGAACCGGGAGGAAAAUAUCGAGAAAGUGACAUUGGUGGAACAAUCGGCAAACGUGGUGCGAGAAGCCUUCAUCAAAUGUUUGACCGAUCGCAGCGGCACCCCGGGGCCCAACGGGAAGCCCGAGGGCAAACGCGUUGGCAUCUACUUGAUGGCAAACCUAUGCCUCAAGCUUCUAUUCAAAUGUGGCAAGCUGCGCAAUGCGGAGCAAAUGUUUGCCAGCAUCAGCGCUCAGUCCCCUCCACUGGUCCAUUUCCCAGCAUCCCAGCGCGUAACGUACCUUUAUUACCUGGGCCGUUAUCUUUUCUCGAAUAACCUCUUUCAUCCUGCUCAAAUCGCACUACAGGCGGCUUAUGAUCAAUGCCACAUCCAAGCCCUCAACCAACGCAACUUGAUCCUGACAUAUCUCAUCCCCUGCAAUAUCAUCAUGGGCCGAUUCCCCUCCAGAUCUCUCCUUCAACGACCAGAAGCGAAAGGACUAGCAGAGCAGUUUGCGCCACUCUGUCAUCUCAUUGUGCGGGGCGAUUACCUGGCAUUCCGACAACACCUUUCAUUCGAUUCGCAUACAGGGCAAUGGUUUGCGCGAAAGGGUAUUCUACUCGCACUCCGCAAUCGAUGUGAAAUCAUGGUGUGGCGGUCAUUUUGUCGCAAGGUAUUCAUCCAUGGUGGCUUUCAUGGGGAUCCGGCAGCGCAGGCGCAGCGUGGUCCUCCGCCAUUCCUAUACCUCCAAAAGCUACUUGUGGCUACAGAAUGGCUCCAAUCACGCUCCAAAAUUCCUAAUGGAACUACAAAGCCACCUUCUUAUGGGUCACAGACCAUCUCUGAACCGAUGGAUCCGGAUUAUGUAGGACUUGAGAAACAGGGCGUCACUACCAGUGAGGACCCCGAGCUGAUGGAGAAGUAUGGGGACUACCUGGCACCGGCGGGUUGUUUUGACGAGGGAGGGUACUGGCAGGAAAACAUGCCGGGCCAAUUGAUCGAUGGUACUCCUGAGACCGAUUACGACGAAUACGAACUGGAUCCGUAUGCCGACGAUGAGAUAGCAGAAGUGCAGCCGGCUCUGCUCAUGGGGGAGAUUGAAUCCAUCCUUGCUUCAUUACUUACGCAGGGAUUGAUGCAUGGUUACUUGACACAUCGAAAUCCUCGGUUUGCCAUUCCUGGCGCCAAAUUGCGGGGUGCCUUGCCUACUGGAUUUCCCAAUGUCUGGGAAACUAUAUCUGCACGCGAGAAGGAAGACAACAGUGUUCCUGGAUGGGUCAAGCCGCCUCAGAUAUCUACAUUUGGUGCACCAGCCUUGGGCGGAGCAGGCCGUGUGGUGAAUCUAUCCGGGGCACGACCUGUUGGCGUGCAGUAG